GCUGCAGAAUAACAUCCACAUUUUGCUCCAGAUCUUCCCAGCAUAAAGGAAAUGGCGUCAGUGGAGCUGGCUCAGGAGUCGGUGACCUUCGAGGAGCUGGCUGUGUACUUCACGGAGGGGGAAUGGGCUCUGCUAGACCCUGCUCAGAGAGCCCUCUACAGGGAGGUCAUGCAGGAGAACUAUGCUGCUGUGGCCUCACUGGGGUUUCCAGUUUCCAAACCUGAUGUGAUCUCCCGGCUGGAAAAUGGGGAAGAGCCGUGGGUCCCAGAUCUCCAGGGCUCUGAGGAAAGAGAGCUCCAGAAAGGUGCCCAGACUGGUGAUCAGAUGGUGAGUGAGAACGAGGAGCAGAAUCCACAGCAGGAGGAUGCUGAGAAACUGGAACCACGUGGGACAUUAGAAGGAAUGUCCAGAGAGAAAGUUUCUGGGAGCUGUGGAGAGGCAAAAGCCUGUAAGAGUCAGCAUAGGCCAGAGAAAAGCUUCAGUAGCUUCUCGGACCUUAUUAGACAUGAUAGAAUCAACACGGGAGAGAGACCCUACACAUGCUCUUAUUGUGAGAAAAGUUUCAACCACAGCUCAAACCUCAGCAGACAUCGGAGAGUUCACACAGGAGAACAACCAUACACAUGUUCUGAGUGUGAGAAAAGCUUCAAUCGGCGCUCACACCUUAUCACACAUCAGAGAAUCCACACAGGAGAGAGAUCCUUCAUGUGCCCUGAGUGUGGGAAAAGUUUUAGACAGGACUCAACUUUUAUGAGACACAAGAGAACCCACACAGGCGAUCGGAUGCUGAGUGAGAACAAGAAGACGACUCCCCACCAGGACGAUGCUGAGCAAGUUGAACCACAUGGGACAUUAGCAGGAAGAUCCAAAGGGAAAAUUUCUUGGAGUUGUGCAGAGGCUAACGCCUGUGAGAGUCAGCAAAGGCCAGAGAAAACCUUCAGUAGUGGCUCAGACCUUAUUACACAUGAAAGAAUCAACACGGGAGAGAGACCCUACUCGUGCUCUGAGUGCAGAAAACCCUUCACUCGGCGCUCAGACCUUAUUACACAUCAGAGAAUCCACACAGGAGAGCGACCUUACACAUGCUCUGAGUGUGGGAAAAGCUUCAAUCGAAGCUCAAACCUGAUCACACAUGAGAGAAUCCACACAGGAGAGCGACCCUACACGUGUUUUGAGUGCGGGAAAAGCUUCAGUGAGAGCUCACAUCUUAUCAGGCAUCAGAGAAUCCACACAGGUGAGCGACCCUACAAGUGUUCUGACUGCGGGAAAAGCUUCAAUGUGACUUCACAUCUCAUCAGACAUCAGCAAAUCCACACAGGAGGGGGAUCCUUGACAUGCCCUGACUGCGGGAAAAGUUACAAAGACAGCUCAUACUUCAUCAGACAUCGGAGAGUCCACACAGGAGAGACAUCUUACAAGUGCUCCGCGUGUGGGAAAAGCUUCAUCAAGCGUUCACACCUUAUCACACAUCAGAGAAUCCACACAGGAGAGGGCUCCUACAGAUGCCCUGAGUGUGGGAAAAGCUUCAAAGUCAGUGCAUACCUCAUCAGACAUCAGAGAGUCCACACUGGAGAGAGACCCUACAGAUGCCUUGAGUGCAGGAAAAGCUUUCGUUGGAGCUCAAGUUUUAUCCGACAUAAGAGAAUCCAUGCAGGUGAUGGGAUGGUGAGUGAGAACAAGAAGACGACUCACAAGAAGGAAGAUGCUGAGCAAGUAGAGCCACAUGGGAAGUUAGCAGGAAGAUCCAAAGGGAAAGUUUCUUUGAGUCGUGCAGAGGCAGAAACCUGUGAGAGUCAGCGUGGGCCCGAGAAAAGCUUCCGUAGCUGCUCAGACCUUAUUAGCCAUAAAAAAAUCAACACGGGAGAGAGACCCUACACAUGCUCUGAGUGCGGGAAAAGCUUCAGUCAGCGCUCAAGCCUUAUCAUACAUGAGAGAAUCCACACAGGAGAGCGACCCUACUCGUGUUCUGAGUGUGGGAAAAGCUUCAAUGUGAGCUCACAUCUUAUCAGACAUCGGAGAGUCCACACUGGAGAGAGACCCUACACGUGCUCUGAGUGUGGGAAAAGCUUUCGUUGGAGCUCAGCCUUUAUCAUACAUAAGAGAAUCCACACUGGAGAGCGACCCUACACAUGCUCUGAUUGUGGGAAAAGCCUCAAUGGAAGAUUACAGCUCAUUACACAUCAAAGAAUCCACACAGGAGAGCGACCCUACGUGUGUUCUGAGUGUGGGAAAAGCUUCAAUGUGAGCUCAACCCUCAUCACGCAUCAGAGAGUCCAUACAGGAGAGAGAUCCUUCACAUGCCCUGAGUGCGGGAAAAGCUUCAAACACAGAUCAAACCUGAUAGCACAUCAGAGAAUCCACACUGGAGAGAGACCCUACACAUGCUUUGAGUGCCAUAAAAGUUUUAGUCAGAGCUCACACCUGAUAUCGCAUCAGAGAAUCCACACAGGAGAACGACCCUACUCAUGCGCUGAGUGUGGGAAAAGAUUUAGUGAGAGGAAAACCCUCAUCACACAUCAGAGAAUCCACACAGUAAAGAGACCCUUCACAUGCCCUGAAUGCAGGAAAAGUUUUAGACGGAGGUCAGCUUUUAUCAGACAUAAGAGAAUCCAUACAGGCAAGUAAUGCCAUAAAUCUCUUGACUAGAGCUGGCCAAAGUUUUUUGUAAAAUAAUUCCCAAGUAAUUUGCAGCAUUUUCUUUAAUGUGGUCUCUCAGCUCCAUGUGAGUUGCCUGCCUCUGUCUUUUGCCCCUUCCCCCUCUUUGGGGUGAAUCCCAUCAUCCUUUAUUAACUCCUUUGUCUGAUAUCACCUGGGACUGUGUCCCCUGCCUGCCAGAAAUAUCCAUCAAUGCCAGGUGGGGGAGAUGGGGUUGACCAUGACUAGCUACACUGAGGUAAAAGCUACCUGUGCCAUGUCUCCACUGGGAUUGUACAUGGAGGUAGUUGCUCAGUGUAAUGAUCUUGUAACAACACAACUACAUUUGUAGUGCAGACAUAACCUGGGUAGAGUGGCUGGGGUUAGCUUUCCCCUGGACCUGUGCUCACCCGCAUCAUUUUUCCUAAUCUAGAGAAACCCCAAGGAUCUAGUUGAUACCAUUUCCCCAUUACAAAGUGAUUGUUAGUCACCAUGUUUCCCCUUGGGGAGAGAUUGUCUCAAUCCCAGUUGUUCUCACCUUGCUCAGGGUUGUGGUGGUCAGAAGUAUUUUUUCUACCAUUUUCCUCAAUUAAAAUAGAUUGAAAUAGAAAAAGAGUAGGGGUAGCAAAUGUGUCAUUUCACCCUCUGUGACACCCGAAGGAGACGGGGUGAGUCAAAGGGAUUCCCUCCUUCCCCAUCACUGUCACAAUCCCCUCUCACCCCAGCAGCAUUAGUCUCUGUGUAAAUCACAAUAGCGUUUAUCCUCCCCACGUUCUACCCCUGCACCUCCCAAAGUGUCACAUGAUGCCGUGUUCUGCAUGCUCCCUGUGCUUAGGUAUCACACUUUGAUCGUAAAUCAGACUCACUGGGGCUAGAUGUGAAAGUUUCAAUCCUGGAGGGAGAAUUAGAAUGGAUCCCAAAGACACAGUAAUCAUUCUGUGCUUUCAUCUCUGCUUCCAUCUCUUGGCAAAGCUGCUUCUGGCCUUUUUCCUGCUGAGCGGGGAUUGUUGCAGAGGGGAAGGUUGGCUGCUUUCCCCUCUUGUGAUGAAGCUAAAUCUUUACUUGUGCUACACUGAUGACAUCUUCAUCCUAUGGACCCACAGGAAGGAGGCCCUUGAAGAAUUCCACCUGGACUGUAACAAUUUCCACCCCUCCAUAAACCUCAGCCUGGAACAGUCCACACAAGAGAUCCACUUCCUGGGCACUACAGUGCAAAUAAAUGAUGGUCACAUAAACACCACCCUAUACCGGAAACCUACUGACCGCUAUUCCUACCUACAUGCCUUCAGCUUCCAUCCAGGACACAUCACACAAUCCAUUGUCUACAGCCAAGCCCUAAGAUACAACCGUAUUUGCUCCAAUCCCUCAGACAGAGACAAACACCUACAAGGUCUUUAUCAAGCAUUCUUAAAACUACAGUACCCACCCGGGGAAGUGAGGAAACAGAUUGACAGAGUGAGACGGCUACCCAGAAGUCACCUACUACAGGACAGGCCCAACAAGGAAAAUAACAGAACACCACUGCCCAUCAUGUACAGCCCCCAGUUAAAACCUCUCCAGCACAUCAUCAACGAUCUAAAACCUAUCCUAGAAAACAAUCCCCCACUCUCACAGACCUUGGGAGGCAGGCCAGUUCUCACUUACAGACAGCUCCCAAAACUGAAGCAAAUACUCACCAGCAACCAUAAGCGCCGACUUCUACUGGCGCCGGUGGGUGCUCCACCCCACUCUGCUCCCAUCCCCACCCCCUCCCGCCCCCAUUACAACCCCUUCCGCAAAGUCCCCGCCCCAACUCCAUCCUCUCCCUGCCCCUAUUCUGACUCCUUCCCCAAAUCCCCGCCCCAGCCCCUCCUCUUCUUCACCCCCUCCCCUGAGUGCACCACGUUCCCACUCUUCCCCACUCCUCCCGGAGCUUGCUACAGCUAUUUGGUGGUGGCAAGCACUGGGAGGUAGGCAGCAGAGCGGGGAUGCAGUGUGCUCAGGGGAGGAAGCGGAGGAGAUGAGGUGGGGCGGGGUGGUGAGUUUGGCUACUGGUGAGUGCAGAGCACCCAUUAAUUUUUCCCCGUGGGAGCUCCACCCUGGAGCACCCACGGAGUCAGUACCUAUGCCAGCAACUACACACCACACCACAGAAACAUUAACCCAGGAACCAAACCCUGUAACAAACCCCAUUGCCUACUCUGUCCCCAUAUCUACUCUAGCGACACCAUCAUAGGACCCAACCACAUCAGCCAGACCAUCAGGGGAUCAUUCACAUCUACAUCCUGCACAUCUACUAAUGUGAUAUAUGCCAUCGUGGCAGCAAUGCCCCUCUGCCAUGUGCAUUGGCCAAACCGGACAGUUUCUACAUAAAAGAAUAAAUGGAAACAAAUCAGACAUCAGGAAUGGUAACAUACAACAGCCAGUAGGAGAACAUUUCAAUUUCCCUGGACAUUCAAUAACAGAUUUAAAAGUAGCCAUCCCGCAACAAAAACACUUCAAAAACAGACUUCAAAGAGAAACUGCAGAACUACAAUGCAUUUGCAAACUUAACACCAUUAAUUUGGGCUUGAAUAGGGACUGGGAGUGGCUGGCUCACUACAAAAGCAAUUUUCCCUCCCUUGGUAUUGACACCUCCUCAUCAAUUAUUGGGAGUGGGCCGCAUCCACCCUGAUUGAAUUGGCCUUGUUAUCACUGGUUCUCCACUUGUAAGAUAACUCCCUUCUCUUCAUGUGCCAGUAUAUUUAUGCUUGUAUCUGUAAUUUUCAUGCAUCUGAAGAAGUGGGUUUUUACCCAUGAAAGCUUAUGCCCAAAUAAAUCCGUUCAUCUUUAAGGUGCCACUGGAAUCCUCAUUGUUUUUGUGGAUACAGACUAACAUGGCUACCCCUCUGAUACUAAAUCUUUUGUACAUAACAUGACUCAAUAAUAAUGAGGUGGCACAGAGUGAAGAAAGUUUGAAUGGACCAGAGGAGAACGCAAUGGGAGAAUCUGUUUUGAUUUUAAGUUAUCAGAUAUAACCUGCUCUGAAAUUUCAUUUUAUAUAAAACUGAAAAUGUCUUCUA